AUGGAGUCCCCGUCGCAUGAUGCACCCUCCAAGCGGCCCGAUCAUGUCGCCAAGCGCGUGUCCCGGGCCUGUCUACACUGCCGUCAGCGCAAGUCGCGCUGUGACCUAGAUACAAAUGGCAAUCCUGGCAAACCGCCUUGUCAGCGCUGUGUGCGCGAACAUCGCGAAUGCGUCCUCGGCGGUUCUAACCGUGGCGGCCGGCGCAUUCGCAAGAACAAAAUCAAAAACUUCACGCCGGCUGCCAAUCCAUCGCCUAGCAAAGACUCUGAGGAGAUGUCUAGCCCUGAACAUUCCGAGGUGCGCCGCGCGCCAUCUGCAUCUGCAUCCACCUCCUAUCCCGGACCCGUCGUCUUUCUGCCGCCAAAUCCCCUGGCGUCGAGCUCCGCGGUUGUGGAAGACGACGACGCUUCAAUCGGAACUGUUCCGCGCAACCCAUCUGACGCCUGGCAAUGUCUGACUGGUAUCGCCACCCAAGGAGCCACCGCCCCCGAAGUGCGCGGCAACCGUACACGGUCAGAGUCCGGUAGCUUCUCCACAUACAACAGCCUGCGCAACGGCGUUCUAUCUGAUUUUAAUGUCCCCAGUGCCGGUAUCAGGGCCUAUCGGUUGGUCCAGUCGCGAUGUUUAGAUCCCGGCACUGUCUGGCAACUGGUCACUCGCUACGCGGAGAAUUUUCACCCGUAUCUCCCGCUGGUUCCCCGGAAGUACUUUGAACGCACUGCACUCGAUGACUUUGCCAGCAAUGAAAAAUACCUCCUCACCGCCGUGCUUACAAUUGCGUCAAAAGAUCUUGUCGACCGACCCGAAAUCCACGAAUACUGUUCGAAAUACAUGCACGAACUGAUCUCUGGUAUUGCCGCCGGCGCAGACUGUGAUGUCGAAGCGGUCGAGGCUCUUUUGUUGCUAGCCGAAUGGGAGCCCCAAGGCCUGCGCCCUCGUAUUGAGCGCGUGGGACGUGGAGAAGAGGACCGGGCUGCGUGGAUGCAUGUUGGACUAGCAUUGCGCUCUGGUUAUUUUAUCGGACUGGAUCGAACAUCCUUCCGAGGAGAUCCAUAUGGAGACCAAGAGACCGAGUCCCGUCGGCGGCUAGCCUGGGCUAGUUGCUACGUCUCUGAUCGCUUGAUUUCUGUGCGCAUUGGACGUGCUUUCUGGUCGCGUGGCCCAGGCCCAAUGACCGGUCUUGUCAGCCAGGACUUUCCUUCGCUGCAGCCAGCAAAGGAAGGCGAUGAGGAUUAUUCCAAGAUCUUUCAGGCCAUGCUGGAUCUUACACAACUAUACGGAAAUGUGCACGAAGUUUUGUAUUCUGGCAUGCGCACAAGCAAUCAAAUGAUGCUGAUGGGAGAUUAUGUGAAGUAUGUUGAUGAUUUCCGGCUUGCUAUUUUGCGAUGGAAAUCUCUUUGGGGACCUUUAGACUGCUCGGCCCCCAUGAAGGCAACAUUGCAGUUAUCAUACGAAUAUUUGCGGCUAUAUACGACCGCAUUCGCUUUCCAGGCAGCGAUUUCCCAGUCCUUGGCCAAACCGAAGACUGGUGCGAACUCACACCGGGAACAACUGCGAUCGACAUUCAAGAAUGUGGCUUCGAUGCAAGAUUCUCGCUUCAUCUAUGAGUCGGUCGAUGCGGCCAAAUCCUAUUUGACUAUUCUUGUGGACUCAGUAGACCCCGAGAGACAUUUGCAUUUCAUGCCCCUCCGUUUCUACCUAUAUGGCAUUUACUCUGCCGUCUUUCUUUACAAAGCUCGAUCUUUUGGAAUGAUGGUUCCUUCUGAAGAAGCCAAGGUCCAAGGGCUGGUUGCUAGGACCACUGAAGUCCUCAAACAGGCCAGUGCUGGCCCUGACGACAUUGGCUCGCGCUACUCUCACCUUUUGGAGCUUCUGUGGAGGACGAAGCCGUCCAUGUCGACCGUACCUGCAGACACUCAGCAGAACAGUGACUUCAUGCAAACCCCCUUACCAAAUCCAGUCUCUGACACAUACAUGGAUUUCAGUCCUGCCAACGAUUUCUCCUGGCUGGAUCUGGAAGCUGUGGGUGAUUACGUGUCUGGAGAUCAGAUAUCGGGCGGCCUGUUAGGUCUGGACGCUUUCCAAAAUACACCCGACCCAUAUCAGCCGGGACAAGUCAGGCCACAGGUCUGGCAGCCGUCUGCCUGGCUGGGAGAUAUGAGUAGCAACCUUCUGUUUUAG